ACGUCACAGGGGCGUACAGCCACGCAUAGGCAUAGGAUGUGUUUCUAGAACUAUGCUCCCAGGUACGAUUUGGAUCUUCCAUGCUUGUCAUUCGGUGCUAAAUAGCACUUUAUAUGCUCUAAAUAAAUGACUCUACGUAUGAAAGAUGAAAGGGGAUUUGGAUGAUGAUUCAACAUCUAUACCUAGUCGAAGUCCAUCCAUGGUGACUUCCAGGGAAUCCGAUGAUUUGUCUGAGACUGAAGGGAUCAUUGAUCCCCAAUUAGAUCUUGAGGAUCCAUCUACUAUCCAGAGCUCAAGUUCAUUGUAUGAUGAAGUUGUUCCGGCAUAUCGUUCAGGUGCUACGUAUGAACGAGGCUCUGAUUCUAUGGGUGAUAGAUCAUCACAUACGUCUGCUGAUGUUAAUACCAAAGUAUCAUUUCAAGACCAGUCGGCUGUUACAACGAUGACUAACGAUGAUGAUUCAAUGGGCCCUCCUGUUACCGACACAACUGGUGAUGUAGCUAUUGACGUUGACUAUCUGGUGGAUAUCGAUUACCCCAAACCUCAGCCAGAUCAGAAUAAAACGAAUCGCAAUCGGGAUAAGACGUCAGUAUUAAUGUCUAAAAAAGGUCAGAAGAAGCCCCGUAGGAAAAAGAAGGUUAACAAACUGGUUACCGAGGCCUUGGCGGAUUUGGGUGAUGGUGACACUAGUGAAGACUCCUACAGCUCAUCUGAACCUGGUGACACUAUGGACAAUCCAGAUAUCACAGAGAAUGUAGUAGAGUACCCUGCAUUUGAGUACUUCAAGUGCGAAAUUCUCGGCAGUGACGUUAGUGCCACCGAGGCCCUUAAACAUGUAGACGUCGUUACGCAACAGCUGAACUCCGAGUUGUGUGGAACCAUGCUAGUUCCAUUUUUAGCAGAGGCUCAGCGCAAUAUGCCUGUCCAUUUGCUACGUAUGCUUCCCGAUGUAUGGCACACUCUAUCCAAGAUAACUAACCAGGAAUCGUAUAUAUGUGCUAUAAUAGAUGGUGUGUCAUUCUUGAUAUCCCAGGAAGAUCCGAGUAUACGCCGCAAGGCUGUGGAACUGAUUGCUGAGAUUGUCACCGAUGUGCGUUCUAGUGAAUGUACAUAUGAUGUCAUGAAAUCUGCUGUUAUGCCACUAUUGAAGCGUUUAUCAGAGAGUGAAUGGUUUGCUGACGUCGUAUCAGCUUGCAAUUUAAUACCAUUAGUAUAUCCCGAUGCUUCCGCGCAAGACCAGGUUGAGUUGCGGGAGUGUUACAAGCAGCUGUGGGAAAGCAACUUGACAAUAGUUCGUCUGGAGGUAGCUCGCAACCUAGAGAAGCUACUUGCGAUAAUGCAUAUGGACGACUCAGUGUCCAUGUUCUGGCUGGUCCUAAAAAACAUGUCAGUGUAUCACCAGGACCAAGUAAGGGCGCAUUGCGUUGACGCAUGUCUGUCUUUCGCACGUCGCUGCACUGCUGAACAGAACUUGUCAUUUAGUUAUCCCGUGAUCAUGUCAGCUGCCAGUGACUCUUCAUGGCGCGUUCGCAAGGCACUGGCUGAGCGUUAUGACAAAAUUCACGAGAUCUUGGGUGAGUCCGAAAUGGAGAAGCAUUUUCUCGAGGUCCACUUCGAGUUACUAAACGACUCAGAGGAUAUAGUAAAGGAGGCUGCCGUGAACUCAUUUGUAACAUGGUGCAAGGCACUGUCACCAAAGAUGGCUGAGCGUUACAUUGCCUUCUUCCAAUCGCAUUUGGCUGAAUCCUCAACUAAGAUUCGCCAGUGUAUCUGCAAUAUCUUUGCUAUUUUCGCUUCCGGCAUGACACGCGAGCGUGUUUGUAAUGUUUUGGGGCCUAUGUUACGUAAUUUCCUGCAGGAUGAAUGCACGGACGUUCGUCUAUGCGCGAUCAAUAAUAUUGAAGUGUUAUGUGAGCCCGGGGAUUUCGAUACCGGUAUUGGUUCGAUGAUGAAUGAAACUAUUGCACGGGUACUGUUAACUACACAUUGGCGUCACCGGUUGAUAUUGGCCGAGAAGUUGACUGCGUUCUAUCGUCAUUUUGGCCCGCGGCACUUUGACGUUAACUUUUCCAGGCUUUUGUUCCGCUUGUUGUUGGACAAUGUAUGGAAAGUGCGUAGUACGGUGCUCUGCUGUAUAGAGUUGAUUUGCGCUGGAGCUGAUCGUAACUGGGUAUGCGACACUAUCCUAAAGGAACUGGUUAAAAUAUACGUCGAGCCUCGCAAUUCGAUAUACAUAAGUGUCGACGACAUUCCGUUGUCCUAUGCAUUCAAGAUAACUGUGAUACAGGCUUUAAUCGCUGUUGCCAAAUCCCUAGAUGCACAGAGUACUUUACCUCGCAUUAUACCAGUGAUGCUUAAAGGUAUUAAGGAUACUAUUCCUAACGUGCGAUUUGUUGCUAUCAAGGCCAUACGCAGCCUCUUUUUGAUAUACAAGGAUGAUGCUCCGGAGCAGUUGCUACAUCUCAGGAGCGUAUUCCUGAAGUUACGUGAAGACCCAGAUAUAGAUGUGCGCUACUACGCCAAGGUGGCGAUAGACACCUAUGAUUCCUGCUUCCCCAGUGAUUAGUUAUCGUACACACUUUAAUG